AUGAUUGGCAGUACUCCAGCAUUAUUCAUACCAAUGAUUAGUGAAAGUGCUGUUCGGAAUGCUGUAGCAGAUCAGUCUUUUCUACCCACCUCAUCUCAUCAACAUUUACACUUUAAUGGAUCAGUAGCCGAAUCUCAUGAUCAUCCUAAAUCGGAAAUUCUUAGCAAUCAUAAAAAUCGCCAUGAACGAAUUAAUAUAUUGCAUUUGCUACGUCGACAAUUGAUCAAAAUUGCAUCACAUAAUUUUUAUGCUAUGCAACGACGAAAUAAGCAAUCGGAAAUACGUCAUAACGUACGUGAUGACAAUGAAAUGAAGCAUGUAUCAGGAUGUAAUGGUUCGAGCGAUGAUAGUAAUUUACGCCAUCAUUGCGAAAGUAUUUGUGACAAAUCAGAAAAUUCUUACUGUGAUCGUGAAAACGAUGAAAGUUAUCGUUUUCAACCAACACCAGCUGUUUAUCAGGAUCCGUACUGUGCUGUAACUGUGGAUCGGAAAGUUCACGUUUACGGGUAUUAUGUACAGAGCAAUCAAUUUAUCGAUUCAAGUUCUUAUUAUAAUGCACAGAGCACAAGAACUGUUUAUGCAGAUGAUAUUGCUGCAAUGUUUUAUGCGGAUAAUGAUAAUGAUGGGCAAUUAACGAGCAAUAAUUGCCGAACAUGGGGACUUUCGCGGAAUUCCGUUUGGUGGGCAGCUGAUCCAACAAGAAAUGAUUCCGUAAAGAAGAUGUGUCUGGUUGUUUUACAGCUAAAAGAACAUCCAAUUCUAAUCGGUUUUACCGUUAUCAAAUUAGUUGCUUUCAUAAAUGCUCUAAAAAUCUGUGGUCUUAAUAGGGAUUGCAAGUUCAUUUCCUCAUUACCCGCUAUAGCAGAAUCCGAUGCUUCAGGAACCAGAACAGAUGAAGUUAAUAAAAACGAAACAAAAACUCCAGGCGGUGAAGUCUGA